AUGUCGGGAAGUUGUGUUUUUACCAUUGUAAAUGCAGUCAAGUUCAAGGAAGAAGUUCCCACAACGAGUAGCAAGAACUUGAUAGCCACCACUCUAUUAAUUGCCUCCUCUCUCGUGUUCUUCCAGCGUCAUGGGAAAAUAAGGGCGUCUUUACAUUUGUUGGCUGGUACAAUAUUCAAGUAUCGGGAUCAAGAUGCUGCAACGACGACAGAAAAGCUCGAGGAAGAAGGCGGCCUGCAACUCGAUUGCGUCGUAUGCCUGAGCCGAGUGUCUCGGGGUGAUAAAUACAAGAUCCUUCCGACAUGCAAGCAUGGAUUUCAUGUAAAUUGUAUUGAUGCUUGGCUGCAAAGGCAUUCUACUUGUCCGCUUUGUAGAUGUCCAGUUCCUCGUACUCCCAUCCAGUACUGUUCCAUUAGUACUCAGGAUCCAAAUUUCGAUGCUUUGAUUUCUUAUCUUCUUCGUUUGUUGGAUCAUGUUCGGACAUGGCUGAUGGACCCUCUCGAUGCUUUAAGCGAGGACCGUCUUCGUUCUCCUUGA